UAUACGCUUCUUUCCCCCGAAAUGUGUAACGACGCGACUCGCUUUGUUAUCUGGAUCCUUGCAGUGGAAGCGGAGAACUGCAGGAAGCGGAGGCUAACCAUGCCGUUUAGGAGGAAAAAAGAAAUCUGGCCGUAUAUCAAUGGGAAUGCUGACCGGUACUGAAGAGACAAGAUCAGCAGAAUAAAGAUCGUACUAAUAACUCUUCAUUGUUUCAGGAAAAAAAAACAAGUGAUUUGAUUUGCUGGUUUGCUUUGGAGCUCCAGUGUACAGAAAGUUAGCCGGCAGGCUAUUCCGAUGGAGUGUUAAUACAGGGCUAGUGUGCGCGUCUAGCUACUACCAGGCAAAUUGGGCUAAACGUACGGACUGUAGCCGCCGUGACAGAGGUGUGAUACGCUUCAUGGGGUGAUGCUUUCCUGGAGCCAAUCCAUCGCACUUGAGUUCCCGUAAACCGGGCUUUAGUGGUGCACCUUCAACCCGGACAUUGGUUCGUAAUGGCCGGUCGCCGCGGCUGCGUGACCUCGCUGUGGUCCGGCAGCGAGCGGGUCCGGAUCGGAGAGCGACUGAAGGCGAGCUUGGCCGGCAUCGUGGAGUUGGACCUCCUCCGGUGCCGGCACUGGGAGAUGGUGGAGGCGGUGCUCGGUCGGAGAGCGGCUGCCGACGCGUCCGGCUCCGGGCGGCGAGGACCAGGCGACGCUGUCGCCGCCGAUGGCGUGUCAAGUUCCCGCAGGCAACAGGCCACUUCCCCCUUGAAGCCAGUACUCCCCUACCUCGACGGCAUCGGGACCAGUGCGGAUUGGUCAGCUUUGUCCUGGGACUUGCCAUCUGAGACACUCUCCACCCCAACCCCCGACUCCGCAUGUGCUAACCCGCUGGACUGUGACUCCAGGCCCAGUUCAGGUUUCUACUCAGUCAGCGGGAGCUCCCUGUCCGACUCCUGUUGCUCCGUGUGCAGUGACGGUGCUCAGGGGGCAGUCGGCACAUGUGUGGGCAGUAGGGGGGGCUGCUGCCCCUGGGACUGUCGACCUCAUUCUGCAGACCACAGUGCCUCCCAGUGGCAGGAUGCCAAAAAGCCCCCCGGUCAGAGCACACAGGCAGUGUUGGAGAAGGGAGAAAGGAGGCCAUUCUCUACAGGUGAUUUGGAAAUCAGCGGCCUCCUGUUCCUCUCCGAUUUCUGUUCAGCUCUGGGAGAGGACCCAUCCCAGUCCAUCCCCGGUGCUUCUUUACUCUCUCGACUCCAGUUGGACCCGAAAUUCUGCUCCGACUUGGUUUCCAGGAAAACCAAAGAGGUAUACCCCUACCCUAGUCCCCUGCAUGCCGUGGCCCUCCAGAGUCCCCUCUUCACUUCCUGCCAGGACCCCCCAGCGCCUGCACCGACCCCGGACCCCUGCCCUGAUUUGACCUCGGCCGAUCAACCCCAACCUGAAGCUCCUGUCCAAUUGCGAAACCCAGUGCCUCCCAACAUGGCCCGACUCGACCAGUAUAUAUCCAAGCUGGUUCUCCGGUACCACUCCAGGUCCGCGGUAGAGCCCGUCUCCAGGCUGGGCUCUCGGAAGUGGCACACAGGGCCCAGCCGCGGCUCCAGCCAAUCGCUGGCCUCCUUUGACAGCCACAGUGCCGCCGGCGUCACGCAGCGGCGAUCCCUGUUUGGUAACUCUGGUGGAAGCAGCUGCCGGAACUCCAUCAAUCUGGGCAACCUGCCGUCGUUGAACGGGGAUGGAGUGAACCUGAACCUCCACCUCAACCUCAAUCUGAACCUCAAUCCCAAUUUGAACGUGAACACCGCCCUUGACAUUGAUUCCAACGACAGGAAGGGAUCGACCAGCUCGUGUGACUAUCUGGGCAACGACACCCCCACCCCGACGCCCUCGCCAUCUUCCUCGUUCUCUGCAUCUGCCUGGAGGGGCAGGAAAAGAAUCUCGACAUGUCCCCAGACGGUGAACCAUCGAGGCUCGCUGGAGAUUGCGGGGCGUGGCUUCGGCACGCAGGGCUUCUCGCGUUCACUGGACUGGAGCGGCAUUUCUCAGGAGGAGGCGGCGGCGAGUCAGGCCCGCAUCUGCGAGAGCUCGCCCAAGAUCUGCGCCGACUCCGAGCGGGUCUGCGAGAUUGCCCGUGUGUCGGGCCUUCCCCGCUCCGUGGUGGCCGGGCUCCUGGAGGAGGGGGUGGAGCUGGACGCCGACUGCUUCAGGAGCGACGAGCCCUGCCCUGCGCCCGCUGCUACCUCCCGCUCCCCCGUCUCAAUCCCGGCGCCCUGUUCGCACCCUGGCCCGCCGCAGGAUGUGCCAAAGUCCCAGCCUGAGCAGCCCAGCGCUUGGUGGGCCCCCCAGCUUCAGUAUCACUCUGCCUCUGUACCAGAGAUGCAGCCAGCUGCCCAGGUGGCCCCACCGUGCCCCCCAGAAAGCCGUCCCCCCCAGGAAGUCAGAGCCCUCGGCCUGGUCCCCGCAGCCCACUCCCCGUCUCACUUCGAUUGCCACCCGUCAGCCCUCGCUCCCCAGAGAUCUCCCUCCCCUCGCAGUUCUCCCUGUGAGGCCCCGGCCCCCGAGCGGCGGCCCCCGCCGCAGCCACGUGCCCUCUUCGCCCCGCCCCCUCUCUCUGUGUUCCAGCGCAGCUCCCCGACGCAGUCGUCGCUGCCCCGCCUGCGUGCCGCUGGCCCCCCGCCUGAAGGAGACCUGCGUCCUCGGGGCGGCUCCCUGAGGCAGGAGGCUGGCUGGUGCUCGGGGGGUGGGGCUUGGAGGGGGGGCGACGGCGAGCGGCUUUACCGGGGUAAGCACGCUUCCCGAGAGCUGGUGAGGGCGUCGACGGUGACCGGCUUCGUGCGCAGGGAGGGCUUUGGACGGUGGGACGAGGCGGGGGAGGAUGCGGCUGCCAAAAGGGGCGCCAGCUUCCGGAAGAGGCUGGAAGGACUAUUCGGGGGAAAGGAGAAGGAGAGGUGGAGGGGCAGCGAGAUGGAUCGCGGGAGGCGGAAGGCGCAGAUGGAGGAGCCCUCCAGCGCUAAGAAAGCGGGGCAGGUGAGGGAGGCCCUGGGGCAGGCGGACUCCGGCCUCCCGCUGGCCGGGCCCCUCUUCCGCUGCGGCUCCCAGGGCUUCCUGGAAGCGCGGCCUCAGCGGCGUGAUGCCAGGGAGCGCCGGCAGCAAUGGGUGUCGUCCCUGGAGAUCGCCCGCGCCGGGCUGGGCCACAGUGCCGUGGGCUUGAGCCUGGAUCAGAGCAGGCCGCUGGCUGUGGCCGGCGGCGGUGAAGAUGAGCGCCUCUCCUCCACGGCCAGCCUCUUCCACCUGUCCCGCUCCCAGAGUCCCGAGGGCAGCUGCCCAUCGCUGUCACCCCUGUCCUCCCCAUCCCUGUCGCCCCCGCCCCCACCUCCCCCGCGGCUCACACGUUCCCGCUCCUUCCGGGACCUCGGCCGCAAGGUGUUUGGCUCGGUGAAGCCGUUCACUUUUAAGACUCAGAGUCUGAGGAAGUGAGGCAGGCUCCGAUCACAGCAGGAUGACGUGCGGGGCAGUGCAUUCCCGCACCAGUGGCCGGAUCAUUCCGGUGUAUCAGACUUCGGUUGCAGCCUUGUGAUGAGAUGGAAACCACGGCCAGCUCAGCAUCCGCACCGUGCCGCCUUCCAUUGUCUCUCGGCUGGACUAUUGCAUGGAGAUGGGUGUGUGCGCGUGUGUGUAUGCGUGCUCUCUGCAGUGGGGUGUGUCUCUGCCUUUCUAUAGCCAUGUACUUUGCCCUUUACAUACAAUACCUGUAUUCAGUGACAAAUCUAUUGUGGGGUGAAGUAAACAAAAGCUAUUGCCACUAAAGAAAGUUAGAUGUACUGCCUGUUCAGAAUUAUUUUAAAACAGCCUGGAAAUACUUUUUAUCUGUGAUUCUGAACCUUAUAGCAUAUUUACGAUUUCAGUAAAUGUUUUAAUUGCCAAAUGUGUUACGGAUCAUUGUAUUAAUGUAUCUGUAAACAUUUAGUCCAUUUAUGAUGUAGCUUAGUUAUGGCUUUUUUCUGUUAAGUGUAAUAUGAAAAAGAUGAUUAAAUUUUUGCCUCAGUCA